UCAUCCAGGAAGACAAAGCGAGGGCAGAACAGAGGUAUCUAAUAAGAGAGAGGUCCAUCAGGGGGGCUAUACAGGAGGAGAGGGAGAAGUUGGAUGAGAGGCUUUACUGCAGGGAGAGAGAGAUCCGGGGUGCCAUUCAGGAACGAGAGAGGGCUCAGUGGAGGUCCCCAAGAAGAGAUGACGAACAGCAGGCCGAAGUCCCAGUAGUGAGGGGGAGGGCCGAAACCAGUCACCCGUCGGGGCAGAGGAGCCAAAGUGAGGACGUCUCGGUAGUGAGGGAGAGAGAACCGAGAUACCCGCAAAGAGACAGGGGGCUGAGCAGCUUAGGCCGGGAAGACUGGUAUUCAGACAGGCCAAGAGAAAUCAGGUUCGUCCCGGACGAGAGGGAACGCCUCGGGGGGAGACUUUCCAGGGCCAGGGAGAGGGUGCUGAGGAGCGCCGUUCAGUGCGAGAGAGAGAGCCCCGAGGAGAGGUUUUCCAGGGCCAGGGAGAGGUUACUGAGGAGCGCCAUUCAGGGCGAGAGAGAGAGCCCCGAGGAGAGGUUUUCCAGGGCCAGAGAGAGGGUGCUGAGGAGCGCCGUCCCGAACGAGAGGGAGAGCCCCGAGGAGAGGUUCUGCCGGGCCAGGGAGAGGGUACUGAGAAGUGCCAGCCAGAACGAGAGGGAGCUCCCCGGGGAGAGGCUUUGCAGAGCCAGGGAGAGAGUGCUAAGGAGCGCCGUCCAGGGUGAGAGGGAGAGCCUCGAGGAGAGGCUCCCUGUUAGAGAUCGGGAACUCAGGGACUUACUCCACGAAGGAGGAGGGCCAGACGAGAGCCUGACCAGGGCCAGACUACGGGUGCUGAGGAGUGCCUACCAGGACGAGAGGGAGCUCCCCGGGGGGAGGCUCUGCAGGGCCAGGGAGAAAGUGCUGAAGAACUUGGAGCAGGACGAGAGGGAGCAAGCUGGCAGCAGGCGAUUAAGGAGGGCUAGGGAGAGAAAUGUCAGAGAGAGCUGCCAGACAGGGAAAGAACGCAUCGAAAGGCAGCUGUUCAAAGAUGUCGACCUGAGAGAGAGGGCUGAGAGGAAGGGAGUCAGGAGGGAGAGAGAGCCGAAGGGGGCCAUCCAGAGGGACGCUGACAGAGCCGAGAGGAAAGGAGUCAGAAGAGACAGGGAAGGGGUUAGGGACAGGAAAAGAACGAGUGAGAGUCCCUUGACUGGGGCUAGAGAGACGGAGAGGGGCGCCCAUCCCGCAAGUCACUCCAAUAGGCAAGUAACUAAGCCCGAGCAAGAGAGCAGGACCUUCCAGCAAAGGAGAGAGAGGACUCGCAGAGGCCUACAGAGAGAAAGAGAGAGCCCUGGUUUUCUGGGAGAGACACGGAGUCUUCGGAAGGAUCUUCAGGGAGGGUGUGAGCUCUCUGAGGCAGCCCAUGACAGAUUGUGUUUGAAGAAUUCGUUUAGGGAGACAGGGAGUCCAAACUAAGGAGUACUAGAUUUGGGAGCAGAGAACCUAGAGGGGGAAAACUAAGGGGUGGGAUAGGUAUCACCCUGAAGAAAAAGAGCUGAGAGUAGAUUGUGCUGGGGGAGGAGGGAAGGAGAAAUCCAAAAAUUUAGGGGAGACAAUUCCUGAGAGAAAGUGAUCAGAGAACCCUUGGGGAAAAUCUUCCUCCGGGGAAGUAAAGGCUUUAAGAAAACUGGAGAUGAGGAAACUUGAGAGGAAAAAAUUUUAAAGAUAAAGGAAAAGUAUAGAAGAGAAAUCUGAGGGGGGGAAGAUAAUUAUUGAGACAAGUUAACAAGGAAAGCUUCCAUUAAGAUAGGAGAAAGGGAAAAAACAGCUAAGAUAAAAGGUACUGAUAAUCCAGCAGCUCAUUUUUCCCCACACACACACUAUUCCCUGAGCAAUUUAAGGGAAAAAAAACUUGACCCCUUCCCUGGCUCCUUCUACAGGGGAGGGGGGGUGGGGGGGAAGCUACGUCUUUCCCUCAGUCUGAGCAAAAGGUCUAAUUUCCUGCUUAGCCCUAAGACUUCUUACUUCAGUCUUCCAAUUUGGGGUUCCUGGACUGGACAGGGCACAAGCCCUGCUUCCUUUUUCAAAACACUCUCCUAAUCCUCUCUUGAGUCAUCAUGUCUACCAGCAAUUAUAGCUUCAAGAAUCGGUGUGUGUCUAUCCUGUGCUGCAAAUUCUGUAAGCAAGUGCUCAGCUCUAGGGGGAUGAAGGCUGUCUUGCUGGCAGACACUGAAAUAGACCUUUAUUCUACAGAUAUUCCUCCAACCAAUGCAGUGGACUUCAUUGGAACCUGUUAUUUUACUGAAAUCUGCCAAUGCAAACUGAAGGACAUCGCCUGUUUAAAAUGUGGGAACAUUGUAGGUUAUCAUGUGAUCGUUCCAUGCAAACCCUGCCUUCUUUCCUGCAACAACGGGCAUUUCUGGAUGUUUCAUAGUCAGGCAGUUUUUGGUAUCAACCGGUUAGACUCCACUGGUGUAAAUCUGCUACUUUGGGGCAACUUGCCAGAGGCAGAAGAAAGUACAGAUGAAGACAUGUUAGACAUUUCCGAGGAGGAAUGUAUUAGAUGAACGGAAACAGUGAUGUGUAUAUUGUAUUAAGACUCUUUUUCCUAUUUUAAAAAAAAUCCAAAUAUAUUAAUGAAUGAACUUUAAAACUGCAAAUAAACAAACCAAAGGAUUUAUUGGAAGUUUUUUCAGAAUGCAAAGAUUAUAUAUGUAUUGAUUUGCUCAACAGCUGCCUUAGUUUGGUUUGUUUCUUUAUAACUAUAGUUCAUUUGGACUUUUUCAUUCUGGUACAUUGUUAACUUUUCAGAAGGAGAAGAUUCUCAAUUUCUUUC